CCACUCACUGAAGCUUUGCUUCAAAAGCAGCAGCUUCUGCUUAAAUUCUCUGCUCACCCUUUUCUCUUACCUAUCUAGGGUUUCCUCCGCCUCCUCCUCCGUAAUCAUCGAUCUCGAUCUCUUGUAUUCCCAUCCCAUGUCAUGCGGGGUGCUGGAAUCUGAGAAGAUUCUCCCGUGAUUCGGUUGGUGUUUGUUGAGAAAGAAGUAUGUCUUCUUCACGGAGUGGGCCGGAGCAGCAGCCACCUCCUCGUCGGCUGCUCCGGACUCAAACGGCGGGAAACCUUGGAGAGUCCAUCUUUGACAGCGAGGUCGUGCCAUCUUCACUUGUCGAGAUCGCACCCAUUCUCCGUGUGGCCAAUGAGGUCGAGGCCAGCUAUCCCAGGGUUGCCUAUUUAUGUAGGUUCUAUGCUUUUGAAAAAGCACACCGAUUGGAUCCAACAUCAAGUGGGCGUGGUGUGAGACAAUUCAAGACUGCUCUGUUGCAAAGACUUGAAAAGGACAAUGAGCCCACUCUUAGAGAUCGGCGCAAAGGCAGUGAUGCACAAGAAAUGCGAAAUUUCUAUCAGCAUUACUACAGAAAAUAUAUCGAGGCUCUCCAAAAUGUUGCCGACAAAGCUGAUCGUGCUCGACUUACCAAAGCUUACCAAACAGCUGCCGUUUUGUUUGAGGUCUUAAAGGCUGUUAAUCUGACUCAAUCUCUUGAAGUUGAUAAUGAGAUAUUGGAAACUCAUAACAAAGUUGAAGAAAAGAAAAAGAUAUAUGCACCUUACAAUGUUCUUCCACUUGAUCCUGAUAGCGCAAAUCAGGCUAUAAUGCGGUAUCCAGAGAUUCAAGCUGCAGUUAUUGCUCUUCGGAAUACUAGGGGUUUACCAUGGCCCAAAGAGCAUGAGAAGAAACUAGAUGAAGACCUUCUUGACUGGCUUCAAGCAAUGUUUGGUUUUCAGAAGGAUAAUGUCGCUAAUCAAAGAGAGCACUUAAUUCUGUUGCUAGCAAAUGUCCACAUCCGUCAAAUUCCCAAGCCUGAACAACAAGCCAAGUUGGAUGAUCGUGCCUUAACUUUGGUCAUGAAGAAACUAUUUAGGAAUUACAAGAGGUGGUGCAAAUACUUAGAUCGAAAGAGUAGUCUUUGGAUUCCAGGCUGCCAGCAGGAAGUACAACAGAGAAAGCUACUUUACAUGGGUCUUUAUCUUCUAAUUUGGGGUGAAGCCGCAAAUCUGCGUUUUAUGCCUGAAUGCCUGUGUUAUAUCUAUCAUCAUAUGGCUUUUGAACUUUAUAGCAUGCUUGCUGGCAAUGUGAGUCCCAUGACAGGAGAAAACGUAAAGCCAGCUUAUGGAGGUGAUGAGGAAGCCUUCCUCAUAAAAGUUGUAACUCCUAUUCAUGAAACAAUAGCAAAGGAAGCUGAAAGAAGCAAAAGAGAAAAAUCAAAACAUUCUCAAUGGAGGAAUUACGAUGAUUUAAAUGAAUACUUUUGGUCGGUAGACUGUUUUCGUCUUGGUUGGCCUAUGAGGGCGGAUGCAGAUUUUUUUUGUCAACCUCAUAAAUAUCAAGUUGAAAAAGAUGGAGAGAACACAACCCCUGGUAGGGAUAGAUGGAUUGGGAAAAGUAAUUUUGUUGAGAUACGCUCAUUUUGGCACAUAUUUAGAAGUUUUGAUAGAUUAUGGGCUUUUUUCAUCCUGGCAUUGCAGGUCAUGAUUAUCCUUGCAUGGAAUGGAGGCUCGCCAAGUGAUAUAUUUGAUGAUGGGGUCUUUAAAAAAGUGUUGAGUAUUUUCAUAACUGCUGCUGUAUUGAAGUUAGGACAAGCUGUCCUUGAUGUUAUUCUUAGCUGGAAAGCAAGAAGAAGCAUGUCUUAUGCGGUUAAACUGAGAUAUAUUUUAAAAGUUGCUUCAUCUGUAGUAUGGGUGAUAAUAUUGCCAGUGACAUAUGCUUACACCUGGGAAAAUCCUACUGGACUUGCAAGGACUAUCAAAGGCUGGCUUGGGAAUGGUCAAAACCAACCAUCUUUAUAUAUUUUGGCUGUGGUGAUAUAUCUGUCACCAAAUAUGCUUUCGGCUCUGCUAUUUCUUUUUCCAGUUGUGCGAAGGUUUCUUGAAAGUUCACACUACAAGAUAGUGAUGCUCAUGAUGUGGUGGUCUCAGCCUUGUCUCUUCAUAGGAAGGGGAAUGCAUGAAAGCUCUUUCUCACUUUUCAUGUAUACAAUGUUUUGGGUGAUUCUUAUAGCGACGAAGCUGAUAUUUAGCUACUAUAUUGAGAUCAAGCCCCUUGUCAAUCCAACAAAAGAUAUUAUGAGAAGCCCCAUCUCUACUUAUAAAUGGCAUGAGUUCUUUCCCCAUGCGAAGAGUAACGUCGGUGUUCUAAUUGCACUUUGGGCCCCAAUUAUUCUCGUAUAUUUCAUGGAUACACAGAUCUGGUAUGCAAUUUUCUCCACAUUAGUUGGAGGAAUAUAUGGUGCUUAUCGUCGUCUUGGAGAGAUACGGACUUUAGGAAUGCUAAGGUCUAGAUUCCUGACUUUGCCGGGUGCUUUCAAUGCACGUCUAAUUCCAGUUGACAAAUCUGAUUCAACUGCAAAGAAGGGUUUAAAAGCUUCUUUAUCUCGUAGAUUUGCUAAGAUACCGCACAGUGAUAGGGAGAAGGAAUCUGCAAAAUUUGCUCAAAUGUGGAACAAUAUAAUCACUAGUUUUCGCGAAGAAGAUCUCAUUAAUAACAGGGAAAUGAAUUUAAUGCUCGUUCCGUACUGGGCUGACCGAGAUCUGAACCUUGUUCAGUGGCCUCCUUUCUUACUUGCUAGCAAGAUUCCAAUUGCCUUGGAUAUGGCAAAAGAUUCUAGAGGCAAAGAUCGGGAUUUGAGAAAAAGACUUGUUACUGAUCAUUAUAUGGCAUGCGCUGUUAAGGAAUGUUAUUUGUCAUUUAAGAAUAUUAUUAACAGCCUUGUGAAUGGUGAUCGUGAGAAGGAGAUUAUAAGUAACAUCUUCAACAAAGUUGAUGAGCUGAUAAAUGACAACAAAUUAAUAGCGGAGUUGAAGAUGAGCGCUCUUCCAGCUCUCAACAGUAAAUUUAUUGAAUUGAUAAAAAUCUUGAUGGAUAAUAAGGAAGAGGACAGCGAUCGAGUUGUGCUUAUUUUCCAAGAUAUGCUGGAAGUUGUCACAAGAGACAUGAUGGAAGAACAGUUUCCUGAGGUUCCAGAUUCAAGCCACGGAACUUUUUAUGGAAGGCCAGGGAGCAUAACAGUUUCAGAAAAACAAGCACAGUUGUUUGCAUCUCCUGGGGCUAUUAGGUUUCCUUUGCCUGAAUCAGACGCCUGGACAGAGAAAAUAAAAAGGCUUAAUUUGCUACUUACCGAGAAGGAAUCUGCCAUGGAUGUACCAGCUAACCUAGAGGCUCGAAGGCGAAUUUCUUUCUUCAGUAAUUCUCUAUUUAUGAACAUGCCUGACGCACCGAAAGUGAGAAAUAUGCUCUCAUUCUCUGUUUUAACUCCAUACUAUAAUGAAGAUGUUAUUUUCUCCCUUCCUCACCUUGAAGAGGAAAACGAAGAUGGAGUUUCCAUCCUAUUUUAUCUGCAGAAAAUUUAUCCAGAUGAAUGGAAAAACUUUCUUGAACGUGUAAACUGUGAUUUGGAAGAAGAACUAAAAUCCAACACUGAACAUCAGGAGAAACUACGUCUUUGGGCAUCAUACAGGGGGCAAACACUAUCGCGCACUGUUAGAGGUAUGAUGUAUUAUCGGAAAGCUCUGGAGCUUCAAUCUUUCCUCGACAUGGCCAAAGAUGAAGAUCUAAUGGAAGGCUACAAAGCACUCGAAUUGUCUUCUGAUGAGCACUCAAGUGGAAGAUCUUUAUGGGCACAGUGCCAGGCUGUGGCUGAUUUGAAAUUCACUUAUGUAGUUUCUUGCCAACGAUAUGGAGCUCAAAAACGUUCUGGCGAACCACAAGCACAAGAUAUUCUAAGGCUUAUGACAACAUAUCCGUCACUUCGGGUAGCAUAUAUUGAUGAGGUUGAAGUACCUCUGGAGAAUAGAAAGGUGGAAAAAAUUUAUUAUUCUACCUUAGUGAAGGCUGGUUUGCCUAAAGAUGAUAACGCUGCAGACCCUGUGCAGAACCUUGAUCAGGUCAUCUACCGGAUAAAACUUCCAGGUCCUGCUAUUUUAGGUGAAGGCAAGCCAGAGAAUCAAAAUCACGCCAUUAUUUUCACUCGCGGUGAAGGUUUACAGACAAUAGACAUGAAUCAGGAUAAUUAUCUGGAAGAGGCGUUGAAAAUGAGAAACCUACUUCAAGAGUUUUUAAAAAAGCAUGAUGGUGUGAGGUAUCCUUCAAUCCUUGGUGUGAGGGAGCACAUAUUCACCGGAAGUGUUUCUUCUCUCGCAUGGUUUAUGUCAAAUCAGGAAACAAGUUUUGUAACAAUUGGUCAGCGCUUACUUGCAAAUCCUCUUAGGGUUCGAUUUCACUAUGGUCAUCCGGAUGUCUUUGACAGACUCUUUCAUCUCACAAGAGGUGGUGUGAGUAAGGCUUCCAAGAUAAUUAAUUUAAGCGAGGACAUUUUUGCGGGUUUCAAUUCGACGCUCCGCGAAGGCAGUGUCACUCAUCACGAAUAUUUGCAAGUAGGCAAAGGAAGAGAUGUGGGCCUUAAUCAGAUAUCUCUGUUUGAAGCAAAGAUCGCAAAUGGAAACGGGGAGCAAACAUUGAGCCGCGAUGUAUAUAGGCUUGGGCACCGUUUCGACUUCUUUAGGAUGAUGUCCUGCUAUUUUACGACUGUGGGAUUUUAUUUUAGUACCCUGUUGACUGUCCUGACAGUAUACGUAUUUCUAUACGGGCGACUUUACCUCGUUCUUAGCGGGCUUGAUGAGGGCUUGGCUACUGGGAAAAGGUUCAUUCACAACCAUCCCCUUCAAGUAGCUCUCGCCUCGCAGUCCUUCGUGCAGCUUGGGUUUUUGAUGGCACUACCUAUGAUGAUGGAAAUUGGUCUUGAAAAAGGAUUUCGAAACGCGCUAAGCGAAUUCAUCAUGAUGCAGUUACAAUUAGCUUCCGUUUUCUUUACUUUUUCGCUCGGAACCAAAACUCACUAUUACGGAAGGACUUUGCUUCAUGGAGGUGCUGAGUAUCGCGGCACAGGUCGCGGUUUCGUCGUCUUCCAUGCGAAGUUUGCUGAGAAUUACCGUCUUUAUUCUCGCAGUCAUUUUGUGAAGGGCAUGGAGUUGAUGAUCUUACUCGUCGUUUACCAAAUAUUCGGGCAACCUUAUAGAUCCGCAGUUGCUUACAUAUUUAUCACUGCUUCGAUGUGGUUUAUGGUUGGGACUUGGUUAUUCGCUCCAUUUUUAUUUAAUCCUUCUGGGUUUGAAUGGCAAAAGAUUGUUGAUGAUUGGACUGAUUGGAACAAAUGGAUAAGUAACCGUGGUGGGAUCGGAGUGGCGACGAAUAGCAGCUGGGAAUCAUGGUGGGAGAAAGAGCAAGAUCAUCUGAAAUAUUCGGGAAAGCGAGGGACCAUUACGGAAAUACUGCUAUCUUUCCGCUUUUUCAUCUAUCAAUAUGGGCUUCUCUAUCACUUGAAUAUAACCAAGACAAAAAGCAUAUUGGUAUAUGGCAUUUCUUGGCUUGUGAUCGUGAUAGUAUUGCUCGUCAUGAAGACCGUAUCUGUCGGAAGGCAGAGAUUCAGCGCCAAUUUUCAGCUUGUUUUCCGGUUGAUCAAAUUCCUAAUCUUUGUUACGUUCAUGUCUAUAUUCCUACUACUCCUUUCACUAUUACUACUACUAGUACUACUACUACUAGUACUACUACUACUAAUUGCGCAAGCAUGCAAAGCCGCUAUGCGCAAAUUCGGGCUAUGGGGUUCAAUCAAAGCUCUCGCUCGAGGCUACGAGAUUAUGAUGGGGCUGCUGCUUUUCACCCCUAUUGCCUUCUUGGCAUGGUUCCCCUUUGUUUCUGAGUUCCAGACUAGAAUGUUAUUCAAUCAAGCUUUCAGCAGAGGCCUUCAGAUUUCUCGCAUUCUCGGCGGCCACAAAAAGGAUCGAGCUCGAAAUAAGGAUUAAAGUCGCCGCGAAUUUGGCCGUCUUCGAAGAAAUGUUAUGUUGUGUUGUAUUAGAUGUAUUUAUUGUACUUUGUUAGUAUGAAUUUGAAGAUGUGGUUUAAUGUUUUAUGAGUGUUUGUUGCUCUAUAUAUUUGAUGUUGCC